AUGAUAUCUAAAUUUUUUGAAGACAUUUCAAAAUUACGUGAUAUUAAACUUGAUAAAAAUCAUACGAAAAAAAUUUUUAAAUUAAUAAGUUAUAUGUAUCUUGGGUAUAUUCAUUAUUCAUGUGAAACAAAUUUGAUUCCAAAAAAAGAUGGUUAUUUUAUGCGUGAAAAAUCAAUGCUUUUACAUAAUUUUAUUAAUUUAAUAAAUGAACUCCCAUGGAAUAUUGAUCAAUAA